AUGUCCCCUCAUGUUCCAAUUCCCAUACCAUUAACAUCAUCUUCACAAACACAAAUCGUACCAAGAAUCAAAAACGACGACCAAUUGCCUGAUAAAGCUGCAUUAAGAACUCUAUCUUCUUUCAUCAAAACCUAUCGAACCACUCCAAAUCAAUCUACUACUUCGAUACCAAUAUCGCAAGAAUAUACACAAACACAGCCGUCACCUCUUUCACAAAUCCACACACUACCCCAAACACCCACCACCACCACACCAAAACAAGACCUAACUCUCAAAAUGGCCCACACAACUACAACCGUCACCACCAAACCCUCCCUCUUCUCCCGUCUCCGCGGUGCCAAAACCCACCGUCGCACCUACGAAAACACCACCACUCACAGCACCCAUCAUCGCAAACAACGCACAUGGGGUGGACGUCGUCGCGCCGGCGUCACCGCGCAGCCCGUCCACCACCACCACCGCAAGCCCAGCGUCGGUGACAAGAUCAGCGGCGCGCUUUUGAAAUUGAGAGGAAGUUUGACCAGGAGACCUGGCUUGAAGGCAGCCGGAACCCGCAGAAUGAGAGGAACUGAUGGAAAGGGUAGUCAUCACACUGUUGCAUAUUAA